AUGCGCCGAAACGAGAUCCGAUGCAUCCAGCAUGCUGGCGAUCUUGGUGCGACUCAAGACGAUGUACGGCGACCACCGAAGCGACGGAGAAUGGGAGAGCGUAAGUGGGAGAGGAGACGAUCUAUACCUUCUCCGAUGCAGCUCAUAUGGGUCGAUGCCCCCGAAGAUGGCGAAAAGUGCGAAGACGAAGAUUCCCGGUCCUGCUCUCAAUCCACCGAUCUUACCAGCGUCUACCAGUUGCCACAGCAGAGCGAACUCACGAUCCACAUCCCGCAGUGCUCUGAGUCCUCCCUUCGAGGCGAGCUAGUCGAUAUAUUCGCCAAGAUGAAUCUCACGCACUCAUGGUAUGCCUUCGUCCCGUCGUAUAUCGGGCAGCACGAUUACCUAGACGCUGCGACGAGAGCUAUCAUCAAGGUUCAGAAGCAGAAAGGAAGCUCGAGUACGUCGGAUCCUGGAGUCGAGGAGUAUCUCUAUGCGAUCAAUGCACUGCGACGAAAUCUGGACGAGUCGGACGCUACGCUGGUCACCAUCGCCUUGCUCUGUCUCUACGAAUCUACUGACUUCCGGACUUGCGUUGCUGAAGGCGUGCCGUCUCCAUUUGAGGAGGCUGAAUGGGUGACGGCGGGACCAGCGUAUCGAACAGAAGAUCUCCUACCUGGGGUAUCAAGACUGAGAGAUCUGGCACAAAAGACGUACAUUCGACUCCCGAGACUGAUCGCCAUGGCGAGAAGGCUUCGCGAAACACCUCCUGAGCUCUUCGACCGAGAAGCAUUAGAUCAAGCCACAACCCUCGCGAUCCAACUAAACGACCUCCAAGACACAGACGCAGAAUCUCAACUCCUCCACCGCGUCCACGUCUACCAAACAAAAGACUACCACACCGGCGCGAUCGUGCCCUACUCCCUGCGCUUCAAGACAAUGGACGAGUUCAACGCGUCUCUCCUCUACUGGGGCGCCCGCCUAACAGUCAUCAACCUCUGCACCCUCCUCUCCCGCAUGGAGCAAACCAGCAACAAACUCUGGACGUCCGCCCCCUCCGCCCACUACGGCGACCUAGCCACGCACAAGCACCGCACGAUCAUCAACAUCAUGAUGUCCUGGGAGUUCACCUACGAGAAUGGACUGACGCUCGGCUCGCCCGCGAUGACUCAAGCUGCGCUUGCGGUGUGGUAUGUUUUUCAGGAGGAUGUCUCGUUCAAUGGGAUGUCGACUAGGGUGAUCAAGGAGUGGUUGAGAGAAGUGUUCCAGCAGAGUGUGGCGGGAUGGCCGAGUAAUUCGACGUUUGAUACAGCGCAGUUGGACGAGGUGAAAACAACGGGGUGGGAUCCCCUCGACCUCCUCGCGCACGGCACCUGCGCGCCGCGCUCCUCUGUGCCCCUCGACAACAUCCCCUUCCUCCACGCCCUCGCCCACGGCCACCACCGCCUCGUCGGCCUCACCUCCAAUGGUGACGUCUUCCAAGCCCGCUUGGCCGGCCUCGACGCAGAGAACGUCUACUUCCGCGAUGUGCGCGUGCGCUCUGUGGACGGCGACGUCCAGCGCCUCGACGGGGAGGCGUGGGCGCGCGACGAGCUGGUGCGCUUGACGGUUGGGCUGGGGGAGUGGGAUGCGGCGCAGGCGGGUAUGUUGAUCUUCACCAAACCACCUUCUUCACACGCCGUCAUCUUCCUCCCCGCCCACAUCUUCCUCCUCGCCGACAUCUUCCUCCCCGCCGACAUUUCCCUCCUCGCCGACAUGUUCCUCCUCGCCGACAUGUCCCUCCCCGCCGACAUGUCCCUCCCGCCGUCUCCUUCAAAGACACGCUUCGCAACAACGACGGUGCAACUGUUCCCAUCUGGCCGAGCCACUGCGCUCCCUUCAAUGACCAGCAUGAUUGAACUUUCACCAAGAUCAACGGGCCUUGCCCUCUGA